AUGGUGGCUGACCGGGCUCGGCCGAGUAGGGCGUUCGUGGCCGUUCUCCCCAAGGGUGGGGCUUACACCCCAGCGGAGCUCGCCUUCAUCCGGUCGCACGCGCAGAACAAGUGCGUGGAGUGGAUGGAGGCGACUCCGCAGACGAACGCUUCGUUGCUGUCGCAAGUGGACUUCUACCUACGAUACCCGUCCCUGGUGGCGGUCUCCACCGUCGAACGGUUACAUAGCAAACUGGAGGUGGCAACCACAACGAUGUCACUUAAACGCCAGCGAGAGCAAUAUACGCAGCGUGGGCUUAAGAUCGAGGCCGUGCAGCAAAUGCCUCGCAAGGCGGUAAAGAGCCGGACGACGGCGCUGGCUCGGGUGAUGGACGUGGUAAACGCAAAAGGCGGCGGAAAGGUGGCGUGGGUGAACUACGAAGAGCGCAACGAGGCGUAUCACCAACUGGUGCUCGCGCUGGUUUCGCGCCCGGGCGUGCUCGUGGCCGAGGAGAUCGUCCGCCACAAACGCAAGGUUCGGGCUAUCGUGCUCGUGCCCAGCCAAAGACACCAAAUACAACGACAAUUUCGCGUCGCUGCUUGA